AUGAUCAAACUAGACGCAAUACUCGACCAAGACCCAAAGAUUGUCCCAGACAAGGAAGGCGACCAAGACACUAUGCUCGAUGCAGCCGUCUUUGAACACCUAAUCCGGCUCAUCUUCGCGUAUGCCCCGCACAAGUCACUCAUCCGCCUCCGUGCGGUCUCGAGAAAGUUCCGCCUCAUGGCGGACAAGCGGCUCGUUGCAGACCGCAUCAUCAUCACUACGCUCGAUCCUUAUUCCAACAGCCACGGCGUCUCCGCCGAACCUGACGCCCUUGACCCAUACUCCCGGUUGAGCGCGCCUGUCAUCGUGGUGUCGCCCCAGGGCCGGAUCCCAGCGUUUGCUGGGAUGGGCCAGGGCAAAGUCUUCGAUCCUACUGCUCACGACAUGAGCCUCACGCGUAUCAUCGACCUCGUAGGUACCCGCACCCUAAGGCCUGAGCCGCGCCGCAUCACGUGUCAACGGUUUGAAACACCUCUCCCGGAUGCAUGCGACAUCCUCGCCGCACCGUCGCUCGACUUGGAACGCCUCACUGUGCGAUUCAUGCACAAUCGCACCUGUGAUCGGGAGACAUACCCCCCAUCUGAAGGCGAACACCGCUCGGUUGCCGGUACGCCAGGCGCCACAGUCCUGUUUUCACCGCUCCCGCACCUUUUUAGUUCCCUUUGGCAGGCACCGUCCCUGCUUGAGUGGACAGGUGGCGAGGUCGAGCUGCGCCGGGCGGUCGUCAACAUCUCAAUCCACCCCGACGAUGCGGUGCCAACUUACGUCUCCAUGAUGCCUGUCGACGCGGGGGAGGUGAUUUGGGUUUUCCACCGCGCCGACAAGCCAAUUGCCGACUUGGGAGAGUUCGAUGUCAGGCCCCAGUUGGCACCGCCCAGUGAAGGACGCAUCCAUAUGCUCUCCCUACUUGCGUUCAACAUCAUCAUGCCUGUCUCGGAGGGCGAUUAUGCCACCAUUGCAGGGCUCGAGGCGUUUGCGGGGUGGCCUGGAUGGGAGGUUGGGACGGGUGAGGAGGAAUGGGAGGGUAUAGUAAAGAAGUUUCGCGAAAUGUGCGGGGGGGCCAUACGGUACCACAGGGGGCAACUCGUCGACGUUGAGGAAGCACUGUCCCGGAUCACGUUCAUGACUCUCGCCGAGCUCCGCGAACAAAUCGGUCCCGAGCGCGCUGGCAUCGAGACAAUGGUGAGCGGGUCACUGGACGAGUCGAUGGGCUUUGUGGGCAGAGGAAGCGAGGGCGAGCACACGAGCUAG